AUGAUUCUUUAUAUUAAUUAUUUUAAUAAACUUUUAAUAUUUUUGGUGAUAAUUUUCAAGUUUUCUAAUACUUUAGAGAAUUUUAAACUUCCACUUCUUUUCUAUGGGUUUCAUACCCGAAAUAAUUCAAUAUUAGAUUCAUACUAUUCUGUUGAAAUUACUGGUACGAAUAAAUUGUUGUGUAGAAGUUUAUUGAAUGUGUUGGUUCAUAAAGCAGAGUUAUAUCAUAAAGUUGGUUAUGAUACUGAAGUUUUAAAUUGUACUGAACUGAUUCGAGGGAAAUGUUUAGGAUCAAAUUCUUGCUCUGUUAAUAUUAAUGAUUGUAAUUCACUUUUAAAUAAUAAAAAUGUUAAUCUUCAAUCUCUCAAUUUACAAUAUUCAUGUGAACCUUCCAAUUAUUACUUAUGUAUAUUAGUGAUUAAUAAUGAAAUUAGAGAACCUAUGCCUAUAUUUAAUGGGAAAAGUUUUAGAGAAGGUGUUUUUGGUGAUUUUCUAAUAAUUCCAAAUAUGAAUUCUAAUGAACCGAUUUAUCCUCUCCACUCAUCUUUAUUGAGUAAACUACUUCAAUCUUGUCUUAUAUCACACAAUUGUACUUUUGUAACCAGUGACGCUAUACACUCAGACGAUUAUUUUAUGAAGGAAAUUGAAUUAUUGUCUGUAGCAAUUUGUGAGAAACCGGUUUAUCUGAAGGCUAACUCGUUUCAAGAAGUUGCUAAACAAGCUAACGAGCCAAUUUAUACCUGUUUCUCCAUAGGCUCUGCAGAGGGUAAAAUUAUAUAUUAUCAUCUUUAUUAG